AUGGCUGACCCCAUAAUAACGUACCAGAAUUAUGGCGUACCAUCACACAUAGUGAACUUAGAAGAUAAACAGAUAGUGUUUCCAGAAGAUGACGAUUCCGAUAUAAUUAUAGUUAACGAAGAUUACAACAGAAAUAGCAUUGAACAGAAUACUGUACAAAAUUUAAAAGAAUUAGAUGACAUUGAAUCGACAACUACAGUCAGGUUUCAUGAAGCACCUGACGCUAAUGAAUACGUCUGGAUGACGACAGAAUGGUCUCCGUGCAACGCGCCAUGUGGUCAAGUCGGCCAUGAAGUCCGAGGGGCUGUCUGUCAGCACAAAACACACAACUCCACCACUACAGUGGAGACAGAAGAGUGCAUCAGUAGGGGUGCCAAGCCUCCGUCUGUAUUGCGCGAGUGCCACACCGGCGAGUGCGCCACCUGGCGCACUGCCCCGUGGUCGCCGGUCCGAUGUCUCGCCAGUGGAGCAGCUGUAUCUAGACGUCGAGUGGAAUGCACCAGCGAGAACGGAACCGUGUUGUCUGACGGCUCCUGUGAUUCCAGCUCUCGACCGGAGAAGAUCAGGCGAGAAGAGACUCGCUGCAAGCCGAGUUGGACUGUCGGCGCUUGGAGUAGGUGCGUGGGCCAGUGCGGCGGCCGGGGCCGGCAGCACCGCCUGCUGCGCUGCGUGUGGGCGGCGGGGGGCGCGCGCGCGCACCGAGCCCGCCAGGCCGGCGCCGGCGCCGCCUGCGAGGGCAUGCGCCGGCCCGCCGUCAGCAGGGCGUGCGCAGUACACACCUGUACAACCAGAGACGGUGUGUGCCGAGACUCGUCGAGGUUUUGCGAGAACGUUCGCGCCAUGAACAUGUGUGCACUACGCCCAUAUAAGGAGCAGUGUUGCAAAACCUGCCAACAUUAA